AUGUCAAGUAUUGAAGAAACAGCUCAAGCAAUCCAGGCGAUUUGCAGUGUUCUGCUAGGUGAAGUAUGUGUGACGAGUCUCAUUGUAAUCCCAGCCUCUGCCUUACUAACAGGAGAUAAACAGCGAAGAAGAACAGUGUUACCCAAGGAAACAAAGGAGUUCCUGGAAAGUGUGUUUGAAAGGAAGCGUUGUCCCAACGCCAAAGAAAGACGGGCAAUUGCAGAGAAAUGCGGGUUAACACCUAUACAGAUAAGAAUAUGGUUCACAAAUAAGCGAAUGCGUUCCAAGACGCGAGGUGCGCGCUUUUAA